UUCGUGUCUCAAAAAAAAUAUCUGUUUUUUUCGUUCUCUCUCUAGUCUCUCACGCAUACUUUUCUCAUCAGAUCUAUUUCUCUCUUUCCCUCACAGAUUAGUUUAUCUCUCGCAAGUUGCUUCUCCCCAAUCAAACGUUGCACCGGCUGGUCUGGCCACCUUGUGCUUGAGCUACACUGCCGUUACCGUGCCUCCUUCUAUUUUUCUUUCUUUCUCUUUCUCUCUCUCUCUCUUUUUUUUUUUUUUUUUCAAGUUGCAGAGUAAUUUCAUUCCAUGCCGAGAUGCAUGUUUCGGCCGGAAUGACCGAAAUUCGCCGGAAAGGCCGGUACAAACCGGAAUAGUCCGGUAUUUAAAACGAAACGGUAUUGACUUCCUUUUUUUAGGUCAUGUUCCCACUUAAGCACCUAUAAAUGCUUCUCCCACGUCGCCAGGAAUUUAAUACCGCGAAUGAUUCUGAAACCUUGAUACAGAAAGUGGAAUUCUCAUAAAGCUUUGCUCAAGUUCCACUCUCUUUUUUUCCUUUUCGAUUCUCUUUUAGUACUCCCUUUUCCAUAAACAAGCCGUAGGUUGUAAGUUUCCCAUGGCUUCCAUGAGCACUCAAAAAGCCUGUACAUCCUCAUCAUUGUCAUCUUCUUCUUCUACACAUCGGUGGAAAUAUGAUGUUUUUCUUAGUUUCUAUGGCUUGGACACCCGUAAAAAUUUUACGGACCAUCUAUAUGCUACUUUGAAACAAAAAGGCAUUAACGCCUAUAGAGAUAAUGAAAAUCUCGAGGAAGGAGAACCCAUUGCUUCUGGGCUCAUGAAAGCAAUAGAAGAAUCUCAAUAUGCAAUUAUUAUUCUCUCCAAAAACUAUGCUUUUUCAAAGUGGUGUUUAAGAGAACUUGUCAAGAUUCUUGAAUGCAGGAAACAGAAGGAGAUGAUAGUUCGGCCCAUUUUCUACCAUGUAAAGCCCUCUGAUGUUGGGAAUCAGAGGGAAACUUUUGGGGAAGCAUUUCUCAAGCAUGAAAAAGAUCCCAAGGUUAGCAGGGAACAGAUGCGAGAGUGGAGAACUGCACUGGAAGAAGUGAGCAAGAUCCGCGGGAGGCAUUUAUUGGAUAGUCACGAAUCAGAAGAUAUUCAGGAAAUCACAAAAAGCAUAUUUGAUAAAUUGAAUUGUGAAUUAUUAGAUGAUUCUGAGCACCUUGUUGGAAUAAACUCACGUGUGAAGGAAAUGAUGAACUUAUUUAGCACAAUGUCAGAGGAUGUGCACUUCAUAGGGAUUUGUGGGAUGUCUGGGAUUGGUAAAACCACUCUAGCAUAUGUCAUUUAUAAUAGAUUUUGUCAUCAAUUUGAAGCUAGUAGCUUUAUUUGUGACGUUAGAGAAAUAGUUGAAAAAGAUAAACAGGGUCUAGUUAAUUUACAAAAACAGCUUCUUUAUGAGACAUUGAAGGAAAAAGUAGACAUUUGGAACCAUCUUAAGGGGAUCAAAGUCAUAAAGAAGAGACUACGCUAUAAGAAGGUUCUUAUUGUUCUUGAUGAUGUUAACAAAGAUGAACAACUAAAGGCAUUAGCAGGGAACCCUGGUUGGUUUGGUCCAGGAAGUAGGAUCAUUAUCACAAGUAAAGAUAAGCACUUGCUAAAAAGGCAUCACUUGGGUACUACUAUACAUAAGGUUAAUGGAUUAGAUAAUGAUGAAGCCCUGGAGCUCUUUAGUUGGACUGUGUUUAAGCAACCCUAUCCUAAAAAUGAGUUUGAGAAUUUGUCCAAUGGUUUUGUGAAGUAUGCUAAAGGGCUUCCUAUAGCUCUUAAAGUUCUGGGUUCCUCCUUGAUUGAUAGACCAAGGAAGUUAUGGGAAGAUUACCUACAUCAAUUAAAAGAAAUCCCUGAAGGAGCAAUUCUUGAUAAACUUGAAAUAAGUUAUAGGGGAUUGAAAGACAUAGAGCAAAAUCUAUUUUUGGAUAUUGCAUGUUUCUUCAAAGGGGAGGACAAAAAUCGAGUGGAACAUAUAGAAGGUUUUGGUAGCUACAAGGAUAUGGAAACUCUCAAGGACAGAUUUCUCAUUACCAUUUUAGGGGGAAAAUUACGGAUGCAUGAUUUAAUACAAGAGAUGGGUUGGAGAAUUGUUAGUCGUGAAUCACCUCUAGAGCCUGGAUUACGCAGUAGGUUGUGGCUUUAUAAGGAUGUAUUUCAUGUACUAAAAUAUAACACUGGAACAGAUGAUGUAGAAGGCAUGGUUCUGAAUUCGCCUCCACAUAAAGAAAACUUGAAUGCUGAAGCCUUCUCAAAUAUGAAAAAUCUAAGGUUGCUUAAAAUUUCAAAUGUGCACCUUCCUACCGGCCUCAAUUUUCUUUCUAAUAAGUUAAGAAUGAUGGAAUGGCGUGAUUAUCCUUUGAAAUUCCUGCCAAUGAGCUUUCAACCGGACAAUCUUGUUGAACUCAUCAUGCCUUGCAGUCACAUUGAGCAAUUACCAGUGGGAUUUAGUAAAUUGGCCAAGUUAAGACUCCUGGAUCUUAGCGACUCUAAAGUCUUAGUCAAGACUCCUAACUUCAUCGGAUGCCCAAAUCUGGAGAGGCUGAUUUUUCAAGGAUGUACAAGUUUGUAUGAGCUUCACCCAUCUGUCGGAGCUCUCAAUAAGCUUACUUUGUUAAAUCUGAAAGAUUGCAGAAGUCUUACUGGCCUCCCUUGCGAAAUAAACUUGAAAUCUCUUAAAAUUUUUAUUCUAUCUGGCUGUUCAAGUCUCAAGAACUUUUCGGAGAUUGGAACAAAUAUGACAAGCUUGUCAGAGGUGUAUUUAGAUGGGACUGCUGUGGAAGAAUUGCCAUCAUCACUCGAGCGUUUGACUGGCUUGACGGUCUUGAGUCUUCAAGGUUGCAAAAACCUUUCAAGUUUCCCAAGUGUCAAUUUGCCGUCUCUGAAAACUCUCAAUCUAUCGGGGUUUAAGGUUCAACCACCUAAGUCCUGGCUUUCGCAUGGAUUCUCCCUUGUCCGUGCUGCACAUGUUUUUUUCCAAGGUUUCUUCCCUAUCCGAGAGGCCAUCAACCUGUUGUUGCCUAGGUUAAGAUUUAUUGCAUCUCUAAAUCUAGCUGACCGCAAUUUAUGGGACGGAGGACUCCCCGAUGAUCUUAGUGGCUUAUCCUCGUUGCAGGAACUGGAUUUGAGCAAAAACAACUUUACACGCCUGCCUGAUAGUAUUUCUCAGCUUUCUAAGCUUAAUUCUCUUGCGUUGAAUGAUUGUAGCAGGCUUCAAUCAUUGCCAGACCUUCCGUUAAGUGUAGGAUAUGUAAGGGCAAGAAGAUGUCCUUUAUUGGAAAAGUAUUCAAAUCAGGAUGUUGCAUGGACUUCGGGUGAGACAGGGUUCACUAUGGUUGUUUGUGACAACAAGGAGGAUGACCAAAUUGCACUCAUCCGCAUCCCGAUCUUACCAUACGAUGACUUCGAUCCAUCCUUAGAAAGAUUUGUUGAGGGUGAAAUUCAGCAAAAUAAGUGCUUCUGCGACUUUUCAAAUUCAACUGAAACUCCAGAGUGGUUCAGCCAUCAGAGCCCUGGGUCAUCUGUAACAAUUCCGCUACCUUCUGAUCUGCGUGAUGAUAGUAGUUGGAUAGGGAUUGCUUUGUUUACUAGUGUUGUAAUCCUUGAAAAUUUGAACAAUGUUUCUUCUGCUCAGGAUGAUGAAGUUUCUAUUGACUUUAUUUGUAGAUCAGACAUAAUUGAAGUUUCACGAAUAAAUUGUCUCUUAAACGUCACUGGAUAUCUACCUGUACCCCUUUUCCAUGCUAGUUCAUUUGGAUUGAAGAUACUUAUUCCAGCCGGGAUACUUAAAGACCAUUUAAAGGAUUGCAGUUGCAUUAGGGCUUUUAUUAGGAGCAAGUGCACUUAUUUCGAGAUCAAAACUUGUGGUGCGCGUGUACUGUACGAGCAAGAUCUGGUAAAGGUUAUACGAGCUAGUGGCAAGAUGUAGCAAAUAUCUAGAUGGUGUCAGGAAGAAGUUCAGCAAAAUAAAUGCUUUUUAGAGUUAUCAAAUUCAACUGAAAUUCCAGAGUGGUUCAGCCAUCAGAACCUUGGGUCAUCUAUAAGAAUGCCACUACCUUUGGAUCUGCAUGAUAAUAGUAGUUGGCUAGGGAUUGCUCUGUUUGCUGUCUUUGUAGUCCAUAAAAAUUUGAACAGUCAGGAUUAUAAAAUUUUUAUCGAAUUUAAUUGUAAACCAGACAUGGUUGAAGGUCCUGUAGAUAGAUGUACCUUGGGCCUUGACAUCUCUGAAUUCGUACCUGAACCCCUUCGCCAUGAUGGUUCAUUUAGUUUUAAGUUAUUUGUUCAAGCUUGGCUACUUAGAGACCUUCUAAAGGAAUGCAGUUGGAUUAGCACUUUGAUUACGAGUGACAGCCCUUAUAUCAAGAUCAAGAUGUGUGGUGCCGGUGUAGUUUACAAGCAAGAUCUGGAAAAGUUUGUACAAGCUGAAGGCAAGAUCAAUCAAAGAUCCAAAUGCCAGAUGGAUAAGGUGGAAUCUAGUCAGUCCAACGACCGGCUUAAAGGAAAGCUAAUGUCAUUGCUUUUAAGAGUGUAUCAGGGAGACUUGGCUCGAAACCAUAAAUAUGAUUAUGUCUUUCCUCAUACGACAGUCCCAGACUGGUUCAGUAAUCGAAAUUUUUGUUCCGACAUAAGAAUUAGACUCCCCCCCAAUUUGCAGUGUGAUGGGAGAUGGAUGGGAAUCGCUGUGUGUGCUUAUUAUACUGUCCACAAGCAACCAGCAAUUUCUGGUGACAAUAAGAAUUUAACAAGUUUUCUCAACUUUUAUAAUCCUUUAAUUAGCCAUCGAGUUCACCUCACUCGUCACAAGGUCAUUCAGGAAUCUAAAGACAUUUUUGUUGAGUCAUCCCAUCGAAUUUUGGUAUUUUAUAUACCCCACGUGUUACUUCGGCUGAAAGAGUGCCAACAUAUCGGGGCUUCAUUUGAGCACAAUAAACCAGAUGUGCAGGUUAAAGAGUGUGGACUCCGCCUUGUAUACGAGCAAGAUGUUGAAAAGUUUGUGCAAACAUUAGCCCAGUGCAUGUUAGAAAGUCCAGAUGCCUAUCAUGAGUGUUUUUAUCAAAAUUUGUUACAUCAAGUUGAGGAAAGAGUGGCAAGCAAAGAUUUUGGUUUCUCUUCCUCACUGCAAAGGAUGCCUCAACCCAUGCCCAUCCUUCAACCAAGUAUUGAAAAUAUAGCAGAGGGCUGUACCUCUUCGGAAACAAGUCCGAGCUCUUUUAUUGGUUUUCUCGCAACAGCUAGGAAAGAGCAAUGUGCAAGUAUUAUGUCAAGUGAAUCUUUGAUCAAAGCACGUUUAGAG